AGGAAGAUAAAAGGCAGUUUGAAGACAAAAAAAAAAAGAAAAAAAGGAGUGACUGACACCUGCUUUCCAGCUCAGUGUGAAGCGCAUAGAAUGGGCGAGUGAGAGGAGGGGUAUGGAAAGAGGAUAAACAGAGGAAAGAAUGAAGAUACCUGGAAAACAAGGCCUGCCUCACAGCAAUCCUCGCUUAAAUUAGGACAAAUCACCACAAGACAAGAUGAUCACAAAACACCUGCUCCUGUUGGUUGCCCUCUGUCUGUGGGAGGGGCUUGCAGGGAGCGCCUCAGCCAAUAAGGUUGUGCGGAGGAGAGGAGUUGGCGUAUCGCACCUGCUAAAGCAGGGGGAAAGCACAGCAGUCGUCCAACGGGAUGCAAAUGUGGAUGCAAAUGCGCUGCCUGUGAUGACUCUCAGAAACCUGAUUAAUCAGCAGGCAGGUGACACCGGAUCUUUUUCCUAUACCAAAAUGUUGCAGACUCAUGCUGCUCCAUCUGGAGCCAACAAGGAGAAGCAAGCUUUCAAGCCCAAGCGUGAGGUUGACUCUGUUUUUAAAAAGGAAGUGACUGCGCACACGUUACCUGGUGACAAGGAGUUGAGCCAGGAUGUGAAGAAAGUUAAGAACAACACCAGGAAUGCAGAGGCUGCUAAAACAGCGAGGACAGACAAAACAUUCACAAUCCACCACAAACCAGAUUUGCACACCAACAAAACCAAGUUUAAAUCCGGUUCUAGAUCCAGGAGCAGACCUGAUUUGAGCGCUUAUACGACAGGUGUUCCAGGGAAAGGCUUCAGCAUAGACGCCAACAGAAAGCUGAACCUCACUGGCAGUUAUGGCGUUUUGAAGCUGCUGUCGAAAGAGAACCUGGUGAGGAUCGUUAAUUCCCAAAUGCAGAGCGUUCCCAGUCUGAGCUUCCCGAGCAAGGGCAGCCGGAGCAGGAAGAGAGAUUUGAUUGACGUUAAUCACAGACAGUUAGAGAGUCAGAAAAUGCUGAGACAAGAUAUGGUUGUCACGCAGCCUCACGCGGGAUUCGAUAAUCAAACUGCAUUUCCUUAUGUAAGCCCAGUCACCCCUUCAGAUCUUAAUCGAGAGCGUGGCGCUAACUCUCCUAUUAUUCCGCUAAUUGAAGUCAAGCCAGCGUUUAGUCAAGAGCAAGUCAACUUGGGAAUAGAGGAUUCAGAUAAUGGUGAUAGCAAGAGCGAACACGUGGUCCAUAUGCUGUCAACAACACCUCGCGGGGAGGUCAGUCUUAGCCCCGAGAAAGAAGCAACAAUCAGCCAAACGGAACCACCGUUUACGUCGACAAAACGUCUCCCGCUGUAUGUUCCCUCUGAAAUGAACAAUCCCCCUCCGUCUGUGCUGACAGCGCAGCACCCGAGAUUAAUACUGGGGAACAGGGCAGCAGAUUCCCAUAGAGACCCAUUAACAGAGUCAGUUCACAGUGCUCAAACAGAACUCAGCACAGCUCAGUACUCCGAAGAUGAAGACAACACACUUGUCAACAGCAGUCAUGUCCUGAGGCUCCAUCCGGCUAACGAAUGGAGCCGCGAUGCAAAAACUGCCGGGAUGCGUGCCGCCGAUCCAGAAAACGGGCAAGGACUUGUGUUUGAGGAAGCAGAGUUGGAGGUAAAAGAGGAGGCGCGUGACCACAUGGAGGGGAAGGGGCCGCGCUCUCGCAGCAGAAGGAGCUGGAUUUGGAACCAGUUCUUUGUGAUUGAAGAAUACGCCGGGCCUGAACCUGUACUCAUCGGACGGCUCCACACGGACAUGGACAGGAAUGAUGGACGCACAAAGUAUGUCCUGCGAGGUGAGGGGGCGGGCUCGGUCUUUGUGAUAGAUGAGAAGACGGGGAACAUCCACGUCACCAAGCCACUGGACCGUGAAGAGAAGGACGAGUACCGUCUCAUCGCCACGGCCACAGACAGGCAGACCGACCGUGCCCUGGAGCCGUCGUCACAGUUUAUAAUUCGGGUGCAGGACAUCAAUGACAACCCGCCUGUCUUUGAUGAAGGCCCCUACAGUGCCACGGUGCCUGAGAUGGCAAAUAUAGGUACGUCUAUAAUCCAGGUGACAGCAACAGAUGCUGAUGACCCAACCUAUGGGAACAGUGCCAAGCUAGUGUACACACUGGUACAGGGACAACAGUACUUCUCUGUUGAUCCUCAAACAGGUAUUCUGCGCACAGCUGUGCCCGACAUGGACAGGGAGACCCAGGACCAGUACCUGGUGCUGCUUCAGGCCAAAGACAUGGGCGGCCACCUGGGUGGAUUAUCUGGGACUACCACCGUUACUGUCAAGCUCACGGAUGUCAAUGACAAUCCACCACGCUUCACCCAGAGUAUGUGGUCCUUCUCGGUUUCUGAGCUGGCCAUCCCGGGCGCCGAGAUAGGGCGUAUUUCCGCCACUGACGCUGACCUCGGCGAGAAUGCCAAGCUGGAAUAUACCAUCCUAGAAGGGGAGACAGGGGACACGUUCAACAUCACAGGAGUGAACCAAGAGGCUGUCAUCAUUCUUAAUAAGGCCGUGGACUACGAGAGUCGGAGCUCGUACUCUUUCUCCGUGGAAGUCCUCAACCCCAUAGUGGACCCUCGCUUCCUGCGUCGGGGCCCAUUCAAAGAUCGAGCCUCCAUCAGAGUCGCGGUGCUGGACGCGGACGAGCCGCCGAGGUUCUCCCGGGCGCGAUAUCACAUGGACGUGUCCGAGAACUGCCCGCCAGCGUGCACCGUGGGCCGGGUCAGCGCUGUUGACCCCGAUACUGGUCUGACCAAUAAUAUCAGGUUUUCUAUCGAUCCUCAGUCGGACCCAGAGGCUCUGUUUCGUGUCACGCCGGACACGGGCCUCAUCACCACCGCCAUGGAGCUGGACCGAGAACGCGAGCACUGGCACAACAUUACUGUCAUUGCAACACAGAGAGACAAUCCCAGCCAAGUGUCCAGAGUUCUGGUUGCAGUAGAGACGUUGGACCUGAAUGACAACGCACCUGAGCUGGACAGGCAGUACACAACAGCCAUGUGCGACUCGUCUUCCGCGGGUCAGGUGGUGCAGGUGUUGCGGGCGAUUGAUAGAGAUGAGGGAGGGAAUGACAGCACCGUGUAUUUCAGCAUCCCUCCAGAGUCCAGCGCUGCUCUCAACUUUAGCGUCAGGGACAGUGGUGGCCCCACAGCCAGCCUGGUGCUCCUGUCCCAAAUACAGCCACUGUCGCGCUCCCCAUCCUCCACCCUGACGCUCUUCGUGCCCCUUGUCCUGAGGGACGGGACAUCAGGCCUCACGAGCACCGGGACGGUCACUGUGUCCGUCUGUCCCUGCCUGAGAGGAGGGGCACAGACCGGGGAGAAAGAGAAGAACAAAGAGAUGGAGGGAGAGUGGGACUCGGACCGAGAGGCAGUGUGUCUCCCUCAGCACUCCACACUGCCGUCCCCUGGUCUCAGUACUGCCGCCCUGUUGGCCAUCCUGGCCUGUGUCGCUACACUCCUCGCGGUGAGUGCCCUGUCACUGUCACUGCGGCGUCAGAAGCGCGACUCCCUGUCACCGCUGGAGGAGGACGACGUGCGCGAGAACAUCAUAACGUACGACGACGAGGGCGGGGGAGAGGCUGACACGGCCGCCUUUGACAUUGCAGCGCUGCAGAGUGCGCCGCACAGCUCGCACUCACGUGGCUACCGCACGCUGGACAGCAGGAAUGUUCGUUACACACAACGUAACCAUGAAAAAGCUCGCACCUACAGCUGGGCUCAGAAUCCGGGUGUGGAUCACAACUACUCAGGACCAGGAGGAGGAGGAGCCCUCUAUGGCCGACUCUGUUACAGCAGCCACACUUUACCAGUUCUCCGGCGCACUCCAGGGGGAACAUUUGAACCCGGCUUAGCAGAGCUCGGGUACCGCUAUCCUGGAGGCCAACCUGACCACUCACUGGUCAUCCAGAACCAGGGGGCCAUGGUAGGGCCCAUGGAGUCAGGGGCAGUUUACAUAGCCCCCAACGACCUCAGCACGGGAAGCCGAAUGGGGAGUACUGCGGGAAGUCGAGACGGGACUGCAGUGAGCACGUCGGACGGAGGAACGCCGAGGACCAGUGACAGCCAGGAGAGAGGAGGGGGCACAAGAACUGCAAGUAACUGCACAGAGGGGAGCAAUGAGGACCACGUGAACCACAGUCAAGAUGUUGAUUGGCUCCGAAGUGAACCCACUCAUGCCCACCUACGUUCCCACCAGGUGCAGUCGGAGACUUUACCCAGGGAGCACACCCAUCUGGUCAUGACCCGCUCCGGCUCCAUGAUUGGCCAGGGUCACGGCGCAGGAGGCUGGGGGAACGAGUCAGCCACGCUCCCCCUGGCAGGACGCCGGGCGUCUUGUGCUGGUUCAGCCCCAAAAGGCACAAGCUCUGGCCAGGCUGAGUCCGACUCCAGUGCAGGAGGUGGAGGUGAAAGAGGAGGAGGAGGAGGGUGUGGAGGUGGAAAUGGAAGUGGGGGUACAUCCACAGAUGGACAACACCAACCUGGCAAUGGACGCAACUACACCACAGGCCUGCAGGGGGACAUGUCUGGACAGAGGGACUUUGCUAGCAGCUUGGGGAGACGAGGACUGGAGAUAGGGAGCAACUUUGUGGUGGCACGGCCAGACAGGGAGGGUGGAGGGAUAUCACUGACCGGGACUCCACCUGUCUACACAGAUGCACCUGGCUUUAUUGGGAACUGGCGUGAUGGGAUGGGUCUGGGAGGGUAUGUCUUGGGUAGGAGAGAUAUGACCCCGCAGCUUUUGCCCUUUCCUGGGCAACCUAGAGGAGUGUAUGGUGGAGUGAUGGGUUUUGGUGCUGGUUGGGUUCCAGGGAUGGAGGCAGCCAGAGGUUCACCUGGGCCUGGGGGUCCCUCCUUGGCACUGAGGGUGGGUGAGUUCCUACGUCUGCGUCUCGCCCAGGUCACGUUCGAUCCCUCACAGCCACCAUAUGACUCUGUGCAAGUGUACGGCCUUGAGGGAACAGGUUCCAGAGCCGGAUCCCUCAGCUCACUGGAGAGCGAAGGCGAGAAAGAGGCAGAGAAAGAGGAUUGGGGCGCGGGGCUGGACGAGUGGGGUCCACAGUUCCAGAAAUUAGCCCAACUCUUCAUAGAAAGGGAGAAAGAGAAGGAAGACAAGGAUCAAGCUGAAGACGGGGCCAAAAAAGAGAACGGAAUGAAGGGGGACUCAGAAAGGAGAGAGAGAGGAGAGCAGACUGGAGAUGAGGGGAAAGACUGAGGAAAGAUGAAAAUGAAACAAAUAGGGCAAAGGGAGUACAGGAGGAAGGGAGGGAAAAGGAGGAUGAUGAAAAGGCAACCAGAGCUAGAAUAAUGUGAAGAGAAGUUAAAGGGGAGAAAGAUGAAGAGGCAAAGUAAUAAAAAGAGACGGAGAAAAAUGAGCUGAGGGAGGAUGGAGAAUGCAAGGGCAGGGUAGGGAGUGAUUGAUGUAAUUUAAAGCAAUAAGUGUUGAAACGCUGAUAUGGUUGAGCACAGAUACUGAGACAAUGCAGAGGCUGCUUUUGCUUGAGGGCAGCAACAAUUUGUUAAACGCUUUGGACGAAGAAAAACAGCCCAAACAUCCAAGACUCGAUUUAAUUCAACUCUCACGUAUUGGAAUGAGAAACAGCAGGAAACAAGGAAGGAGGCGGUCCUCGUCUCAUGUCAGUGUGUGUGUGUGUGUGUUCAGUUGUCUGCGUGUGCGUUUGCGUGUGAUUGAACUCUGUGAAGACAAACACGGUGGCACAAGCAAAGAGCGCGUUGAGUCGUGUGUUGAUUAGUGUUCGAGUGUGAACUUGUGCGUAUUUGAACAAAGACGUAGGAACAGUGGCAGGAACAGACUCUGGAGAUAAAUCCAGAGACUCUUUAAUGAACGAUGACACCAGAGCCCCAGCAUUAGUUUUCAGAGACAUUGUGAAAGAGUAAACAUUUAACAAGGAACGUUAGGAAAGUGAGAAAACAAUGAAAUCUAUAUUUGAGUAUAAAAUUAAUGGAAUGGGAAAUGGGAUAUAUAUAUAUAUAUAUAUAGAGAGAGAGAGAGAGAGAGAGAGGGCUGCGGAAAGUGAGACAAUGUACAGAAUUUACUUUUUAAAUUCCAUCUACAGUGGCGGAAAAUUGAAUUAUUCAGUUCAGUAUUUCAUUCCAAAUGAAAAUGAUGAAUCAUUUAAAUCCUGCAAAAGAUUCUCCCUCCUCUCAGCCCACGAGGAAAACAGACAUUGUGAAAAAUUUUAAUGAUUUAAAGUGUGCUCUCACACACACACACACACACACACACACAACUCCUCUCAUACCCUCUGGCAUUUUGUAGUUGACUCUUCAUCUGUUUACCGAGAUUUACAUACAAACACAGACACACUAUAAAUGAUAAACACAACAACACCAUGUGCAAGUAUUCAGUUGACCAUAUGGAGUAAUGAUGAGUCUAUUAUUUAAGGGGUUUUUUUUCCUAUGGAAGGAGUAGCGCCCGCUCGUAGUCUCACUUAAUCUUCAGGACAAAUCUGCAUGAGUCUGAAAACACAAGCCCAAAAAAAGGUUAACACGGCAACCUGUUCCCCCACUAAACGCUCAUACUGCCCGAAUUGAAAUAUUCUGCUAAGUAAAAAAAAAAGAGAAGAAGAAUGGGACAGCGCCACGCUGACGUACCGUGAUAAACUUUUUUGUUUUUGUUCCCGUUAAAGGUCAGGAUGCAGGAUGAGCUGGACUUUUCAGCUGGAAUGCACUUUUAUACUGUGUGAUGUUCAGUAAUAAUAACAAUGUCAAAGAUUACGGUUGUUUUUAUAAGAUGUCAAUUAAACAAAAAAAGAAAUGUUUAAAUGUGUGUAAAAGCAUUUCAAUUGUAAAUACCACUGGAUAUUAUAGCAAAAGAGAGUAUAUGAAAUAAGUUUUAAAAAAAAAAAAACCACAUGUCCAAACGGAGCACUGCUGGGACUGUCUGUAUGUACGGUCGACAAGAAAUGGAUCAAUGGUGCUGGUCUUUGCAGCAUCCUGGACUACAAACAAGACCCACAUCUCAACAUCUGUGUGCUAAGUGAACAGUUUUGGGGCUUGUUUUUGUGGUUGCUGACACAUGAGAUGGACAAGCCAAGGAUUCAAUUAUAUAUGUGGCCUCUGGCAAAAGUUUGUUGUGAAAAAUAUUAGGUUGCAGGAAGCCUGUGAGCUCGCCUAUCCCAGCAAGGAAACAAUUUUGAUGAAAAUCCACUGGUGUGAGAAGAAAUUUCCCUACUGGGCAGAUAACAAAUAUCCGUAUUAUUCCUUAAGUCUGGAUUCUUAUUCUGCAGAAGUAGAAUGAGAAUUUGUAAUGAGCUUUGAGCCCAUUGCUGCCUUUAGUGCUGCAUUGCCUGAAAGACGUGGAACAAAGUUUUACACACUGCUACGUCUCUUGGAAAAAAAAAUAAAGUAAUAUAAAUAAAUAAAUGAAUAAAUACGAGGGCCUGUGUAUUAGAGGUCAUUUUUGAUAGACCGCUAUGAAACCGUUCAAACAUUUCAGGCAGUGCAACUCGUAGGCAAUAUUAAAACUGCCUCGACCUCUCCACACACAGUAUAUUUUUUUGAGUCCGGACAGGAAGUUGACCACAGAGGCUGACGUGAAUGUGGACAUGUUUUGGUGCGCCAUCACAGAAAUGUCACCCCUCAUACCCCUGGUUCACUGUAAAAGCCGCACACGUAAGUCAAGCUCCAGUGCUGUUUGUGUCCGCCACCCUCGUCUUGUGCUCUCAACACUUUGACAAGCGGGAUGUCAGACUCCACGUUUGAAAUCAAGUCCAUAUAUACCUCUGUACUCGUUACAGUACCAACGGACUCGUCCAUGCAGUGGACCGAUGUACAAAUACUGCACAGUCACCAUAGAAGAGCAGUGGGUGCAGAACCUCGGGAGAGUGGGACAAGGCUCUGAGUUCUGAUUAUUUUUGGCUGAUUAACUUACUAACUCAACACCCACAAGCUUCUUAAAUGUUGUCUAUAGAUGUGUAAUAUAGAUAUAUGGUUUUUGUUUUUGGUAAUUAACUCUAUUUAGGAACUUUCUUGAUCAUCGUUCUCCAAAAGUCAUUGAAUCCGACUUUCUUGAAGAUGUCCCGCCCCCCCCAUCUCAUCCAAGAGGCUUCUUCAGCUCUGGAAGUUGUUGGUGACGCCCAAUUUAGUGUGCAGCCCCAAUGAAUGUCAUUGGAACACAUUGGAGAUACUGUGAGCACUGCCCACUAACUUCCAGAGGUGAAAUGUCUUGGUUAUGUAAUGGUAAAAAUCACUGGAUUGCAUAACAGAAAACGGAAAACACAGCAUCCAGUAUGGUCCAAAAAAACUGUCCUUAUUUCACUAAGGACAGACUGAAAAGUGUAUAUUGUU